AUGCCAAAUAGCAAACGCGAGAAGAUCCCUGAAGGUACCCUGUGUGUAGUAUGUGCGGAUCUGGCAAGUGGUAUACAUUAUUCAGUCCCAAGUUGCAACGGGUGCAAGACUUUUUUUCGACGUGCGCUUGUGAACAAACAAACGUUUACGUGCCAAUUCUCCGGCGAUUGUGUUGUUGGGAAAUCUGUUCGAUGCGUAUGUCGUAGUUGCCGCCUGAAGAAGUGCUUUGAUAUGGGUAUGGAUCCAAAAGCCAUCCAGCACGAUCGUGAUAAAAUCCGUUAUACAAAAGCGUUGAAGAAGAAGAAGGAGGAAGAACGACGGUUGAGAGAACAGAAUGAGCUGUCUCUCAAAGAGGAAAUUGGAAGUCCCAACAGUGCCGGCUCGGAUCCGUACGUCAAUACCUCAACUCCAUCAUCAAGUACGAUGAUGGUGAUUCCUGAGUUGGAUAGUUCAGCUUUCGACCAUGAAUCGCAGAACGACGUGAAGCUGCUGGUAGAUGAUCUUAUGCGCCUCGAGGACAAAAUGUUGCUCAUUAGGAGAGCUUGUCGGUUUGAGCCUCAUACAUCUGCUACGAGCUGCAUGUACAAUAAGUGCCUCUUUGAUGACUACGAAUGGAUGAGAGAGAACUCGCAGCCGAUGUAUAAUACAACACUUUCAUCGCAAUGCACGCUCGAAUCUCUGCGUUUAUGGUUUGUGCGGGAUUUGUCAUUAAUGAUGGAAUGGGGGAAGUGUUUACCAAUUAUGGAUCGGCUACUCCUUAAUGAUAAGCUUGCAUUAAUGAAAGCAUUUGCUCCAAUAUUUCCUCUUCUUCAGCUAGCGUAUUACACCACAUCACCGGAAGACAGUGGAAGUGGCAUCGUCAUAAAGCAAGAACCUGACUGCGACCCGAUUAUUGUGGAUCGACUAAAUUAUCCGGAUGGAACAUACAUAGAGAAAGUGAACGAUAUCAACAACACCGAAGAAAUGUACACGAUCCUGAUUGAAGGCUGUUUCAAGUUGAUGCGGCGGCUACAAAUCAAACAGCAUCAUAUUGUGUUGUAUAAAAUGCUUCUGCUGCACAAUCCAGACGCUGAGGGUUUAUCGUCUACUGGAAAGAAGACGAUCGAAGCAGAACGUCUUAGAUUGCUGAGUCAAUUAUUCCUGUGGAUUAGCAAUGAGCGUGGAAAAUCCUCACAAUCGUUGUUUUCGAAUCUGCUCAUGAUGACUGCUACGUUGAAUAAAGUGGCUUCGUUUGUGCGUCGUGUGUUUGACAUAAAUCAUAUCUUCAAUCGUACCAACGACCUUAUCGAUCAGUUGAUCAUCGUUGGAUUAUGA